ACCGGGCCCCGGCCGGUGAUUUCUUGCUGGCACCUGGCGAUCGCCGAGCAUCUCCGACGGGGGAGAGACCUGUGCUGCUUUGUAUGGCUCUGGAUAGCAAAUCCAUACAAAGCAGUGUGCUUAAAGGGGAAAGCACUCACACAGCACACUGAAAAACAGCACACAGUUAACCCUUUGAUCUCCCAUGUUAACCUCUUCCUGCCCAGUGCCAUUAGUACAGUGUCAGUGCUUUUUAUUAGCACUGAUCACUGUAUUGGUGUCACUGGGGAUGUCAGUUCCCCAGUAUAAGAAUGCCUGCCACAGUCCCUAUAAA